GUCCGUUAUGAUUCAGUCACGCUACAUGCCUCGUACAAGGAAGUGAAGUAUGGACGAUAACGUUUAAACGAUACGCUACGUUAGGUAUAGCAGUCCAGUAAGGUCCCUAGCCGUUUACCAUGUUAAAUGUAUGUAUUCAAGCACCAGGAAGAUAGCCGAUUCGAAUUUUAAAUACCUUGAUGCCGAGAUAUCGAACCAAAAGGCUUUCACCGAUCAAAAAAACGUUGGAGGUGGGACAGUCUUUCAUCAAACCUUCAGCAAACAUCACCUCCUCCGCAUUAGAAUAAAGAAUUUAGCAUUAAAAAUCAUGAAAUCUUCAAGUGCGUUGUCAUUGUUAGUGUUCCUAAUUCUAGACCGGAAUAUUUUAAUUGAAACGAAAAGAUCCCAUUCAGGCAGUACUCGAGCGUCUCGCCAGAACAACAGAAUUUUCCAUCCUAAAAGCAUAUUUUUCAAUCGUUCACUAAUUUCCGUACCGACUGUGACUUUGUCAAGUUCAACAACUGUUACUCAGACCGACACGAUUAGUACUGUAUGCGCUAAGUUAGUGAACGUCACUGGACCUUGUCUAAGACGGAGGGGAGCUUGGGUAGAAGAACCAAUAGUCCUCAGUUUCCACGGAGAAUUUGACGACAAGUUCGACCUCAUGUAUUCAUCAGUUCUCGGGGUAGAGACAACUCCAGCACCAGAGACUACGAUGUUUGAUGAGCCCCAAACGGACGAUUCUACUUCUACGACCAUCGCUUCGUCUCUUCAACUUGAUGACCAUGAAUAUCAACGACACAGCGGUUUGACAUUCGAUUUCAUACGGGGCGUUAGCCGCUGGUUGACUUCCAUUCUCACGCAAUUCAUCGCGACGACGGUAACGGAAACGACAACUAGCAUCGUCCAACAGGUACCAACCAACACGGUUAUUUUCCAACAAACCAUCACUGUCACUCGCGAAGUUAUUGUUAUAAACACAGUCUUCGUUCAACGGUGCACCCCAUCUCCGUUUCCCUUUUCAUUAUGUUACGACAAGAAAUUCCAGCCCUUGUUUAAGGUGUAGUUACUUAAAAGGUGUGCACGUAUCGAUUUUUCUUGAAACAAUUCACAAAACCUUAAGAAGUAUUCUCUGGGUUUUAAAGUGUUUUUCUUAUGUGGGUGCGUUAACCGAGUCAAAUAAGAAAUCCUUCAUCAAU